CUUUUGCCCGCAGGGUUGCCAGACAAAACCAUCGAUUGGCUGGCUGGCGAUAACAGCAAAAGAGAAAUAUCACAAAAAAAAUAACCUUUUCCAUUUUCAAGACAAACAUGUAAAAAAUAUGAGUUUAGCAGAGUUGACAGUGACCAAGACAAGAAAAAGCACACGCAGCUCUGCAAAAGACAACCACGACGACGAGUGAGUGGAGUAGCGAAAGGACCAGGAGUGGAGUGGAGUAGCGGAGCAGGAGCAGCCAACCGAGCGGGUGGGCGGUAAAAUCAAUCACAGCUGCAGGAAGCCAAGGAACCCGCCACCAUGGAGAUAGAGAAGAUCAUCGGCGACCUGGAGUCGAACAUGACGCUGGAGAACGAGGAGGCCAAGCGGAAACUGGUGGAGCUGCUGACCCAGAACAAGGAGCAGUGGGUGGUGCCGUUCAUGCUGGACUACUUCUUCAAAACCGGAUCUCAGCGCAUUCUGGAGGUUUUGGUCAAGGCCCAGGCGCCGCACGAUGGCUACAUCUUCGACCGGCUGGACGACUGCCUGAAGCAGGCCCAGCACCGGGUGCAGAGCCUCCAGGUGUUCUGUUUUAUAGUGCGCCACCAUCCCACCUGGCUGUACAAGAUCGAGAAGCACCGACUGAUCAAGAGCGUGUUUAAGCUGUUAACGCACGAGAAGGAGAUAGUGCCGCUGAUGAGCGCCCUGUUGUGCAUCAUCACCCUGCUGCCGAUCAUCCCGAACUCCGUGCCCAACUUCUUGAACGACCUGUUCGAGGUAUUCGGGCAUUUGGCCUCGUGGAAGCUGCAGAAUAGCAACAAAGUGCCGGACGAGAAGCUCGUCCACCUGCAGUUUGGCAUGCAGAACAGCAACAAAUUGCCGGACGAGAAGCUCGUACAUCUGCAGCUGGGGCUGCAGAUGCUGUUCCACCGCCUGUACGGCAUGUACCCAUGCAGCUUCAUGGCCUAUUUGGUGGAGUUCAUUAAGCGGGGCAACGGCGGCGGCAUCUUUCAGCACACGAUCAAGCCGCUGUUGGACACGGUGCGAGUGCAUCCCAUGCUGCUGACGGCCACGCCAGAGACGGAGGUGAACAACACACGCUGGAAGGAGAUGGAGCCGCACGACGUGGUCAUGGAGUGCGCCAACCUGUCGCUGCCCGUCUUUUUACCCGAGGCGAGCAACGAAGACGGCAGCUAUGCGUAUCCCAUGACCCCGGGCUACAGCCGCAUGACCUCGAACACCUCGAACACGGACUACAGCUACCAGCUGAGGGAGUGCCAGCAUUCGAGGAACGUGUACGCUCGCUUUGACUCAUCUGCCUCGGGCGGGGAUCUGGGUCCGAUCUGGAGUCCGCACAACGAGAUUGCCACGACCAGCAGCGCUAUUCCUCUGACGCCCACCACGUCGUUUAUAUUGCCACUCCAGCCGGCGAUGAAUUCGCAGCUAAUGGUAGGCAUGACGGGAUCCUCGCCGCCCGAAGCUGCUGUGGAGGCCACCCCGGAAACGACGCCCCUCAAGGAUGUGCGGGAGAUCAAGCAGCCAGGUCGAGCUGUCAACUCUCAUGCGGUGAGAGCCAUCUUCGCCACGAGCCAGCCCUCUUCGCCCAUGCGCAAGGACCAGCAGAGUCAGUUCAGCUUUCCGGAUGUGAGUCGAGAGGCCGAGGAGGGCAGUGCCACGUUUCUGGAAGUCACCAGGGUGACCACUUUCGAGCGACGCCUGCAGCAGGUCAUCCAGGACAGGCACAACGUGGAGAGGUCUGUAAACGCACCGUUUCCCAGCAGCCUGCCUGAAAUAAACUCGGAGUUAUCCCUCGCUGGUGGUUCUGCCCAUCCAGCUACCACUCAGGAGGUCGCUGCCGUCUGCGGCGAGUGCAACGAGACGGACCGCAGUCGGUGCAGCGUGGGAGGACUCCAUAUGCCCACCAGCCGAUCCAUGCACCAGCUGGCGAAGAAGCGCCGCAACCGCAUGGCCAGCUACAGUGGCAACACUUGUGCGGACAGCAGGAGUUCAGCGGCCAAGAAGGCCAGUUGGAGUGUUGAGGCAGAGAACCCAAUGCGACGGACCAAAUCCUGCUCAGCCCUGGCCGGACUGCAGCAGCAGCAUCUGGAGGAGAACGACGACGAGGCCGACUGUCCUGGCCAGCGGCAGAGGACGGAGAAUGGAAAUACGCAAAAGACUGGCAGCCGCCUGCAGAGGAGCGGCCGGAUCCUGGCCAUUUCGGUGCCCAAGGAGCCGGCCAGAAGCUGCGCCCACGCCUCCACCCAGACGGUGGAUGGCGUGGAUAGUGCAACGGCGCAGUACGAGAACUGGCUGGUUGAACUUCUGCUGGAGUGCAAGGAGCAGCGGAACAACUACGAGCGGAGCCUUCUCUACCCGCAGGACAUCCUGGACGAGUACAUCAAGCAUGCUAUCAAGGCCAAUGAGACCUUCGACGCCGAGCAGGGUCAGUUGAUGUGCCUGCAGCUGGAGUACGAGAGCUACCGGCGCUCCAUUCACGCCGAGCGCAAUCGUCGGCUCAUGGGCCGGAGCAGGGACAAGCGCAGCCUGGAAAUGGAGCGGGAUCGACUGAGGGAGCAGCUCAAGAACUUCGAUGCGAAGAACAAGGAUCUGGCCAGCAAGAUGGACCAGGCCAUGCGGAUAGCCAACGAGCGGCAGAACAAGCAUCAGGAUGAGCUGGGCGAGAUGAGGGCGAAGUAUCAGCACGAGCUGGAGGAGAAGAAGUGCCUGCGGCAGGCCAACGAUGACCUGCAGACGCGCCUCACCAGCGAGGUGGCGCGCCACAAGGAGAUGAACUACGAGCUGGAGUCGCUGCGAGGCCAGGUCUUCAGUCUGGGCACCGAGCUGCAGCACACCCAGCAACAGGCGGAUAUGGGGCUGCAGUGCAAACAGGAGCUGGCGCGCCUGGAGGCCGAGUUCAUCAUUAUGGGCGAGGUGCAAGUGCGUUGUCGCGACCGUCUGGCCGAGAUCGAUAAUUUCAGGGCACGCGACGAGGAACUGCAGAUGCUGCAAGAAAGCAGCCACCUGGAACUGAAGGAGCUGAGGCACAGUCUGGACGAGAAGACAUCACAGCUAGAGAGCAUGAAGCACAAGAUCAGCGACCUCCAGGCCCAGCUGUCCAACAGCGAGAAGGCCAUGACGGAGCAAAAGCGACUCCUAAGCACGGUCAAAGAUGAGUACGAGGAAAAGUUCAAGUCCGUGAACAAGAAGUACGAAGUGCAGAAGAAGAUUAUAAUGCAGAUGGAGGAGAAGCUGAUGAUGAUGAUGCAGCAACCGCAAGGAAUAGCAGGUCACAACACCUGCUCGCCGGACACGGACAGAACUGACAUUGCCUCAUCCAUUGAGCGCAACUCCCCGCUGUCCACCUCACUGGCCUCCAGCGAGAGCCUCUCGGCCAGCCUGCGCUCCACGGAGCUGAAGAACCUGCAACAGCUGGUGGAUACACCCUCGAUACCGGACGUGCUGAGCAGCAUGGCCGCCGGCGUCCAGUUCGAGGACGGAGUGCGUCUGCCGGCCGUGGAUCUAGCCUCCUCGGCCAGCACCGCCAGUGCGAUCAACAUCGUGCCGCACGCCUUGGACCUGCCGUCGACCUCCGGCGGCAUGGGUCACACGCUCACCCACCCACACCCACAUCCGCAUCCGCAUCUCCACCUGCAGCAGCAGCAACUGGAUCAGCUGCAGCAGGAGCAGCAGACGCAGUUUGUAAAAAAGAACUAGCUUUCCUUCGCUAAACAAAUGUCUAUUGGGAAAACCACCCUCAGAGAAAAUAUACAAAAAAAGUUAUUGGUUCUUCAUAUUUUCAUAUUCAGUUUAAAACUGUAACUAAGGUUUAAUAAAUCGCUGACUCCACGCAAUAAUUAUAAAAGUUAUACAAAA